AUGGCUUUGGAACAGAGGGCUCUUACAAUUGUCAUUGUCAAUUUUGUAUUUCUGGGACUAUCGACCAUUACAUUAGCAUUGCGAUGCUUUGUUCGGGUAACGCGUGAAGCAUUCGGCUUGGACGAUUGGAUGAUAGUGGUGGGAUGGAUCAUGUUCGUGGUGAAUGUCUCCAUGUCGACGAUGUCCGCAAAAUAUGGCCUGGGUGUUCAUAAUCUUACUAUUACUGCCGCAGAGAUGGAGCCUGCAGUCAAGUACUUUACUAUCUUUCAACUUUUCACCUUGACAGGCACAUUGCCAGUCAAAGCUAGCAUCUGCAUCUCCCUAAUGCGCAUAACACCGAGCCUGACCUACAGAAAAAUCCUCUACGCAAUCAUGGCAGGGUCCGUAGCGACAGUCCUCAUUUCCGACAUCGCUGUUAUUGUAACAUGUCGACCUAUGGCAUUCACCUGGGACAAAACUAUUCCCGAUGGGAAAUGUAGCAGUAUCAAUGCUAUCCUCAUCCUAAGCUAUUGUUUCUCGGCCAUGAACAUCAUCACCGACUGGUCUACUGCUAUUAUCCCCGCAUUCAUAGUAUGGAACUUGAAACUCUCUCCCAGAAUCAAAGUCGCCAUCAGUGUUCUCUUAGGAAUGGGUAUGUUCGCUAGCAUAGCAACGAUAAUUCGUGUCAAAUAUUUUCCCAACUAUGCAAAAGCAGUUGACUAUCUUUAUGGCGUGGCUCCCAUCGUCUGGUGGUCUACCAUUGAAAUCGGUUUAGGAAUAGUAGCAGCAUGUCUCAGUGCUCUUAGACCAUUACUCCGUUUUGCUUUAGGAAACGGUUCUUACGGCCCCUCAGACGAUAGACCCAGUCCUCCAACUAUUGCAACACCUCAUAAAAAAGGCUACAUGAAAGCUCGCGCCAUCAAAUUACGGAAUAUUGAAGACGGUCUUGCAACGACGAUGAUUACAGGAGCUGGGAACGACACUGCAGAUAAUUAUAAUGAAAGCAUAAAUGCUAGCGAUGGGGAUAAGAGUAGUCAAAGGGGGAUAUUACAGCAUAUUCCAGAGCAUCCCGAAUUGAAGUGUACUGGGAAGGAAGUAGGUAUUUUGGUUACGCAAAGUUAUAAGAUUGAGGAUGAGGCCACUGAAGACAAUGUCUCUAAAGAUAGAGGUUGUAAAUAUAAUGGUACAAUGGGUCAAGGGAACGAACAAUACAGGGUCUAG